UUUUUUUGUUUCUUUUGCUUCUAUCGUGAGUUCAUGAGUUCUUAGUGUAAUGCAUGAAAUGAUAUUUUUUAAUGUGAUCGAGUGGCGCCAUUAAAGUUAUUUUGUCUGCUCUGUAAUGGAGAUUUUUCCAGUAAAAGGGUAGUCUCUGUUACUGAGAGUGAGUUUGACCGGAGAAAUCACAAGGUUUUCUUGUGGAAUGUAUGUAUGGAAGGAAGGGAAAAUAUGAGUACCGGGGUAGCAGUUAUGGGGGCAGAUGCCCCUCCCAACUUCCACGUAGCUGCAAGAACAGAGAACCCUAGUUCAGUUGUUGCUGCUGCAGCAGCAGCAACUCCAGUUGGAACGUCACAGGUAAGUACGGUGAAGAAGAAGAGAGGUAGGCCCCGAAAAUAUGGUCCAGAAGGAACUAUGUCUAUGGCAUUAUCACCAAUGCCGAUUUCUUCUUCUGCGCCGGCACCAGCACCGCCAGCACAACCAGCACUACCAGCACCACAACCAACUGGCGAGUUCUCCGGUAGCAACAAGCGGGGUAGAGGGCGGCCUGGUUAUUUGAAGCAACUGCCUCAUCCGAGAACGGAGAUGGAAAAUAUGGGUGAUUGGGUGUCAUGCUCUGUUGGGGCAAACUUUACACCCCAUGUGAUCACUGUUGCUACUGGCGAGGACGUUACAACGAAGGUUAUAUCAUUUGCUCAGCAAGGGCCUCGAGCCAUUUGCAUUCUUUCAGCAAAUGGUUUGAUUUCAAAUGUCACUCUUCGUCAGCCUGAUUCUUCUGGGGGUUCUUUGACGUAUGAGGGUCGAUUUGAGAUACUUUCAUUAUCUGGAUCGUUCAUGCCUUCUGAAAUUGGAGGAACUAAGAGCAGAUCUGGUGGGAUGAGUGUCUCAUUAGCAAGUCCAGAUGGUCGUGUUGUAGGGGGGGGAGUUGGUGGUGUACUAGUUGCUGCCAGCCCAGUACUGGUUGUGGUGGGCAGCUUUGUGCCAAGCACUCAACAUGAACUGAAGACAAAGAAAUCAAAGACAGAUGCCGCAUCCGCUGGUACACCAACCGCUGGCAUGCCGAAUUCUAAUGCAGAGUUGGAGGACAGCUAUAGUGGCCAAGGGCAGCGUACCUCAACUCCUAAGUCUAAUAUUGCUAGUACUUCAUUCCGAGGAGACAACUGGGCAACAAUGCACUCCAUGCAGGAUUCAAGGAAUUCUGCAACUGACAUCAACAUUUCUUUACCUUAAGGAUAAUCCAAAAAUCCGCAUACUAUAGAGUCUUUCUCUCUGAAGUUUCUUACUGACCAGAUUCAAACUCUGAUUUUGGUUGUGUAAAACUUCCAACCCAUCCUGUUUUUGAGUUGCUUUGUAAACUCAUUUGAGUAUUUAUCAGAUAUAGAACUUCUGAUAAGGAUAGUGGUUAGGUAGGCCUCAAUCUCAGUUGCUGUGGUCAUGUAUCUUUUUUGUUUGGUUCCCUUUGUAGAAUAUUUUAUAGAAUAUUUAAUGGAUAGCUGUUGUUUGCCAUUA